UUAAACUCACUCACUCUCCCGGUCGCUGUCUCUGUCCAGGAAGGUUGCUUUCAGCAAAACCGCCUGUUGGGAUUCAUUUCAGUGGUGAGCUACAAACAGACACGCUUUCCUGCUGUUUUCUGUCUAUCCCGGACGUCUGCAGUAUAUUCGUGUGUUUGCGAGCCUGCUGUGUGUUUUUUCUAUUAUAACGGAACACACUCGAAUCUUCUCCCUGUGAAGAAAGAGGCGACGGACCGCCUGAACUCAACUAGCCGCUAAAGUCUCAUCUCGGCGGGGGUCUUGUUUUGUGUUUAACGGAGGACCCUGGUUCUGAGAACCCCCACAAAAUGGAGAAGUUAGAGAAGGGAAUCAAGCCAGUGGAAGAGUGUGAAUCUCCCGAGGACGAAGUGGUUGACCCCCGGAUCCAGGGGGAGUUGGACAAGUUGAACCAGUCUACAGAGGACAUCAACCGCUGGGAGACAGAGCUGGAGGACUGUCGUCAGAAGUUCCGUGCGGUGCUGGUGGAAGCCACAGUGAAGCUGGAUGAGCAGGUGAAGAGGAUCGGCAGAGCUGUAGAAGACUCCAAACCUUACUGGGAGGCCAGGAGAGUGGCCAGACAGGCCCAGCUGGAGGCCCAGAGGGCGACAGGGGAGUUCCAGCGUGCGGUGGAGAUCCUGGGGGCGGCUAAAGAGACCAUCGCCCUGGCAGAGGAGAGACUCCUGGAGGAGGACAGCAGACAGUUUGACUCAGCCUGGCAGGAGAUGCUCAACCACGCCACCAACAGGGUGAUGGAGGCGGAGAUGACGAGGACUCGUAGCGAAUUAGAGCACAGAAAGACGGCGAACCACUACAAUGCCUGCAUCAGUCAUAUGAGACAGCUCGAGAAAAAACUCAAACACACCAUCAACAAGUCCAGGCCAUAUUUUGAACUGAAGGCGAAAUACUACCUAAAACUGGAGCAACUAAAACGUUGCGUAGACGAGCAUCAGGCGAAACUGACCGUCGCCAAGGCAGACUACCGCACAGCGCUGCGUAACCUAGAGACCAUCUCAGAGGAGAUCCACGCCCGGCGACGCUCCAUCACCAUGGGAACCAGAGGGAGGGGUGUGGGGGCCGAGGGCGAGGGAGGCCAUGAGGACAUUACCAACUUCAAGAUGGAGUCAGACGGACUGUCCAUGGUGUCUGUGACGUUUGAUGAAGAAGGAGGAUCAGAGGAAGAGACAGAAUCACACUCCACUUCUGCUCCCCUCGACAUGACCUCCUCCUCCCAUCAUCCCUCCUCCUCCUUCUUCACCCCCUCUGCCUACCUCUCCUCUGCCCCCUCUCUCCUCUCCUCGUCCUGUCCCAGUACCAUGGAGGGACCCAGUCCUGGCGGCUGGCUAAGCCCAGAGUCGAGGUGUGGUUCAGGGCAUGACUGUACUCACCUCGGCCCCCGUUCCCAGUGCAGUGGGGCCUCCUCCCCAGACCCAGACUGCGACCAAGAGAGAGGGGACAGAGCAGAGGGAGCAGAGCAGAAGUCGGGUCUGGGUAAGCUGACCCUGACCAUAACACACCCACUGCAUCCCGGGAAGGAUGACCCCAACGGUGACCCUAAGAUGACCUCUAGCCCCACACCCCACAACCCAUAGCCCCGUUCCCAUCAUCCUCCUGACCAACAGCGAAAAACGGACAGAAGACUUCACCUCUCACAUCGUAUCAUUGACUCAUGACCUUUAAACCUGAACUCUGAACUAUGAGGCUUUCUAUGGACUUAAGUGUUUAUGUUCACCCCAGAGGGAAAUCUGAAAUCAGCACCUAUUCCAUACAUAGGAACUAAGGAAUCGUGGAAAUCAGUGGAGGCUGAUGGGAGUAGCUAUAGGAGGAUGGGCUCAUUGUAAUUGUUACGGCUUUCUUCCAUUGAAGGAGAGUCGGACCAAAAUGCAGCGUGGUUGAUAAUAUACAUCUUU